UCGAUUCAAUGUUGAAGUAUCUGGAAAAUUCUAUCUUGGACUGUAUUCUAGAAGUUGACUGAACUGCACCAUAACAAGAAUAGGAAAGAAUGUUCCAGGUCAACCUUACUGUCAUCCGUGUAAGCCUCGGCUUAUCUAUCACAACACGUCAGCAGCUGGCCAAAUAAUUUCCAACCUAGUCACUCACUUGGCAUGAUGCAUGCAGCAAUUACUCCAAGUCGACAGUGGUAGAGAACAUGGGUCCCGGGAUACUAUCACUAUCGCGUUUUGCAUCGAGGGAGGUAGAGAACAUAGGUCCUGGGAUGGACUCUCCAUCGCGCUUGGCAUCAAGCGAAGUGGUGAACAUGGGACCUGGGAUGCUAUCACCAUCGCGCUUUGCGUCGAGGGAGGUGGUGAACAUAGGUCCUGGAAUGCUAUCACCAUCGCGCUUGGCAUCUAGGGAUGUAGUAAACAUUGGGCCUGGGAUGGAGUCGCCAUCUCGCUUGGAAUCAAGAGAUGUGGAGAACAUAGGUCCUGGAAUGGAAUCACCAUCACGCUUUGCCAUGUCAUUUGAGGUGGAGAACAUAGGCCCUGGAAUGGAGUCACCAUCACGCUUUAGGACGGGAGCCGCAACACCAGUGCCAGCAAGGAGAGCCGCCGACAAGAUGGCAAAUUGAGUGAAAUGCAUUUUCGAUGAUUGCUGGGAGCCCGAAUUUGACUUUGCGAAGAGGUAAAAUGAGAUGCUGAUGAAUGAGGUCGAAAUGGAUGAGGAAUAGGCCAACAGUCGGGAGUACAUCUCUUGUUAUAUACGUUGUUCUUUUGCUUACAAUUCGAGUCAAGAUGGUCCUUCUUUCAGGCUUCCAAUAUUUUCUCAGUACGGACUCGGGAGCUUGGUUGAGGCAAUCUCGGCGUCACCAUGAACU